AUGGCAAAUUCAUCUAAUUAACAAGAAAGCAGCAAUCAAUUGAGAGAUUUAUUAGGGUAGUUUGGAUUGAAAAAGAUAGAGUAGUAUUAAACGAAUGAAGUGACUAAUUUCAUCGAUAAGCUUAAACAUAAUCAGGCAGGUUUAAACACAUUCAUAAGGGAGUUAAAUAAGUCACAGCAGAUGGCUUUAGGCAAGUAAGCUGCUGCAAUAAGCAUUAGUUCACAUCAUAGAACCUUCAACGAUGCCAAAUAUAGUAGCAAGAGCAAAUAAAGCAGAAAUAUGACUGCAGCUUCUAAGAUUAGGCCUUAAACGAAUGGAGUUACAGGCACAUCAGCAUAGUCUGAAACGAUGAACAGUAGUUUUUUUGGUUAGCGAUUGCAACGAUUAAAAACAGCUGCUACUACUCAAGAUCACCGACUACGGAAGUACGGCAAAAGCAACAAUAACGAUCAAUUGUUGAAUAAUACAACAGUGGAUCUCAAUCUUACUUAAAAGCUAGAUAUGAAUCCAUUGAGUGAGUAGUUCAGCGGAUUGCAUGGAGGGAAAAAUAGAUCAAUGGUUAUGGGCCAUUCUGCUGGCAAUCAAUCCUAUAGAUCAGAUAAUUUGAUUUAAGGAUCAGGAGGAGCUAAUGGCACCUACUCUUAAUACUACUACUUUAAGUUUAUACAUCCUGAGAACCGUAAACUCAUUUAAACCUAGCAAAAGAAAAGAGAGAAGUUUAUUCCGGAGACUGAUACAGAAAAGAGCUCUUUUAAGUAGAGAUUUAAGUUAUACAUGGACCAGGUGAACUAGGAGGAAGAAGAUACUUAUGAAUCCGAACUCAAGGAGAAAAAAUAAAAACUAGCAGACAAAAUGAUGAGGACUGAAGUCAAACUGAAUAUGUAUAGGACCUUUCAUGAAGGGAUAAUUGAUACUGAUGAGUAUGAAUAAAAAGUGAAAAAUCAUCAUUCGAUAUAUGAGACGAUGACUUAGGUGACUGAAAAGGAUAGAGAUAAAGAGAAAUAUAAGAAUAGUUUGAUUAAAAUAAAUCUGAUUAGAUCUGAAACACAGGAUGGUAGAAACUCCUAGUAAAAACUUAUCAAAAUUGAUACUUCGACAUAAUCGCAUAAAAUCUCUCGAAAUGAAAGUCCUCAAAAUUAAAAAAGUUAAAAAUCCAAGCAUUAAGAUAUCAUAGAAAUAAAUAAUUUAGACUAGACCAUUAAACAUAAAGCAUCUUUAUUACGAGUAAAUUAAAGCUUUUUUUAACGACUUUAGGCAAAUGAGUAGCUUGUUCAUAAGUAAUCAUUCAGAUAAAAGAACUCAAAGUAGCUGGAUCUAAACCCACAACUAAAGCAAAACAAGGACCAUCACAUCCAGAUAAUCAAGAAUCAACAUCUGGCAGUCAUGGCUGAGGAAAUUUAAUCAGCUACUAAAACUAAGUCAAAGAAACCACUUUCACAUUCUCUCUACGUUGAAAACAUUAAAAAGCUGAAGGAUCUUAUUAAGGGUGAGCACUUCAAGACUCUAUGCCAGCAAGAGAACAAUAGCAGUAUUCAGUUUAGGAAUUGCAGACUGACUAAGAUAAGACUGAAGUAAUACAUUGCCUAGAGAUAUGGUAAUUCAAUUGCAGACAAACUCAUAAUGAUUAUGGAUUUUACUAACCCUAUAGACUAUGCUAGCUUUUUGUAAUAACUAGAACAAUUUUUGAAGAACAAAGAUUUACUGAGACUGGUUGCUUUUGAUAUAUACGACUUCAACAAUGAUGGCAAGAUAUCAGAUAUCGAUCUUUUCAAGAUAUUUUCAUUCUUCAGCAAGGGCUAAAACCAGUUGAUAUUCGAGCAAGCCUUCUAAACCGAUUUAUGCGCUAUUAGUAAGCUUGUCUAAGCCAAGAAGCUUUUAAAAGAAAAUGGAGGAGUCUUGGACCCCAGAGAGACUGUACAUUCUUCCCCAGUCUUAGUUAAAAAGUAUCAGUAAAAAUAGAGAAAUAGUGAGGACAUUCAACUUAGGAUAAAGAAAGUGACACAGCAAACUUCAGAGAUAGGAAUAAAUAUGUUCAACUAGAGACGAGUAAUUGAAGAUAAUAGUGAUGAUGACGAUGGAAAAACUGAAAAAGACGAGCAGGAUUUCUUUGGUCCUUCCAAUCAUUUCUAUAGACAUAUGAAAGCGAUAUCAAAGCAGAAGAAUAAAAAUGGUCCAUCUGAGGCUUAGAUAGAGGAGUAUAAGAAAUAACUCAAUGCUCAGAAUAAUGCCUAAAAAGUCAGCAGAUCCUCAUCUCUAGCUAAAAAUACAUUGAGCAUUUAUCAAUAAUAGAAACUUAUGAAGUAAAUGCAUUAGUAAAAUAACAGUAGUCAUAACACAUCAAUUAGUGAUACUGUACAAGCUAAGAAGGACUUGUAGAAUUAAAACUAUUAAACUCUAUUGCAAAAUCCACUAUGGGAUGAUUUCUUCAAUUCCUAUAUGGAGAACACUCAGGUUAAAAUUAACAUUGGAAUUAAAUUGGAGGACUUUUAAAGACUCACCUUUGGACCUGAAACCAAUGACAUGCCUAAUUUCAUUAUAGAUUUCGUAGAUUACUUGAUAGGGCUGCCAGGGACUUUCAGGAGAGUGUUGAAUCACAGCAUGAAUCUAAAGACUGUGCAAAAUGAUCACUCUAUGAGUUCUCAAAAAUCCCCUUACUUGGGUAGUCAAGAAGACAUGUUCUUGAGUAGUUCCUAGAAUUUGCAAAGCGGCAAUCUUCUCAAUAACUCUUAGAAUAUGAAUAGCCACCUUCAGUAUAGAGAGUUCUAAAACAGAUUAUCGCAAAUAAAGUAAUAGUUGAAUCAGAAUCAGUAGAAAGCGCUCAUUACAGCUUUCUUAAUCUUAUCAGGUAAUAAGCCAGAAGAGGAGCCACAAACAAGAAAAUCUACUAAGAAGUAGAAAAUAGAAGAUUUGAGCGAAAAGUAUAAUCUGAUGGAGUAUAUACUUACUGAAUAAAGCAUUAUGGACAACUUUGAAGUUCUAUUUGGAGGGCAUUAGAUUGAUAUACUUGCUAAGCUUAUUUAUCUCUAUCUAGCUAAGUGCAAAGAAUGCAUAAAAAUUGGAUUUCUAAGAUUUGCUGAUGCUUUUAUGCCCAUUCUUAAUGAAUUGACUGAGAAAAGAAACGAGUUCAUAUUUAAACUACUUGACGUAGGCAGUCAGGGGAAAAUCAAUGUACUCCACUUGAUACAAUAUUUCAAACAUAUUCAAACUAACUCAGCUUUUGGUCAAGAAAUUUACAAGUAAUAAAAUGAAGCUAAUCAAAUAUAGGGUGUUUGUGGAGUAUAAGGAAAGAAACAUUUUGAUGAAGUUUGGGUUCAGAGCGUAGAUUAUCUUGAAUUUUUCCACAUUUAACAGAAUAAUCAAGCACUCCUGUUUGGUCAAUGA